AUGAAUAUUAAGUUUGUUUUUCUUGUCCAAUUUUUUUUAUUCACCUUUUUAGCCAUUCAGAUUGAAUCACAUUUUGAGUUUACAAAUUUCAUCUGCGAAUCUUUCGAUAAAACAUUCGGCGAAUUCGAAUAUUGCUUCCUGAAAUCAGUGAACCGUACCUACAAAUAUAUUUCCGGAAAAUUUAAACCUCAUCGACUUCCAAUAAAUAAACUUAGGGUGAACUUUGCUUUGUGGAAACGAUAUAAUGGAUACAAGCCAUUUAUGUAUAAUAUAACAUUUGAUGUCUGUUCAUUCCUGAAAAAUCGUAAUUCAAACCCCGUAAUAAAAUUUAUUCACGACUCACACUCGAACUACUCGAACAUUAACCACUCAUGUCCUCUCAAUCACGAUGUUAUUCUGGAAAAGCUUCCAAUCGAAAUUCUUAAUCACCGACUAACUAAGGUUCUUCCUUUUCCGGAAGGCGAUUACCUACUUCGAAUGUACUGGCUUAUUGGUAAGAAUCGUACUGCCUUGGCCGAAAUUUAUGGAACACUCUCAUAA